UUUCUUCGUCGACUUUUGAGGAAGAAAAGUGCGUGCCCAUCGGACGGAGAGUUCCAAGUAGCAAAAGCAGUGACUUUAGGAGUUGGUCCUCCUCUGGUCAAGAAACCAGAGGACCCUCCUCGCCGAGAAGAAAAAUCGUGAAGUUAGAUAAAAAAAAAAGUUCGGCACCCCCUCUCCGUUUCGGAUUUGAUUGUUGACCCCCCUUUUUGGCUAACCAAGAGGGAUGAACGUAAAAUAUCCCUCGCUUUUCGGCUUUGUAACGAGAACGGCAAUAAAUUACAGCAAAUAAAAAAAAAUCAAGUGCAAGAAAGAGUGCUUUGAAAAAAAUUCAAAAUUGUUCCCUUUUUCCAAAACCAACAAAACUACUGCGCGUCUCCAUCGGCGAGGAUAAAAAGCGAAAACAAAAAUCGUCAGUGCGCCAUCCAAUCCAGUUACCGAUGUGAAUUGUGAUACAAGAAAAAGAAGGCAAAAUGUUUUCGAUUGAAUCAAUUUUAAAAUCUCAAAUCUCCCAGAGGUAGUGUACAAAAGAUUCCAGGGUUAGCACUGGUUUGUAAGACAAAACCCAAACGAAACAAAAUGCAAAACAAACCAAAAAACCAAACCAACCAAAAAAACAAACACCUCCUCCUAAUUGUUAAAGGAACUAAUCUUACAACAAACUUAAAAUAAGCAGAAACCAACCAACAAACAAAAAAAAAACUCGAGUGCCAAACAAAUAUAGGAUAAUACCAAAAAGCAAAGCAUAACAAAAAAAAACAUCCGAGAGCGGGAUAUGAUUUUUGUGUUUUACCAACGGCAUUUGAUGAAGACUCGGACCCUUGCGAGGGCCCACCCAAUGUUGUAUGCUAGUAUUUCAGCAGCUUUCGGUACUCUACUACUACCACUAGCGCGGCCAAACAAGCAAUUGAACGCUGUCGAGAGUCAGAAUGCAGAUCCAGCACGUGAGGGACCUGUGCGCCGUGCCGGGCGGUGCAGCAGCGGCAGCCGUGGCGGCCGCCGAACUGAACUGCACCGGUGAUAUCCUGUCGGUGCAGAACCUGCUGCCCCAGUUGGCCCCACCGCCGGAGAACAAACCGCACCAGUGCCAGCAGUGUCUGAAGAGCUUCUCCUCCAACCACCAGCUGGUGCAGCACAUCCGUGUCCACACCGGCGAGAAACCCUACAAAUGUUCCUACUGUGAUCGCAAGUUCAAGCAGCUGUCGCACGUCCAGCAGCACACCCGGUUGCAUACUGGCGAGCGCCCGUACAAAUGCCACCUGCCGGAGUGCGGCCGAGCGUUCAUCCAGCUGUCGAACCUGCAGCAGCACCUUCGCAACCACGACGCCCAGGUCGAGCGGGCCAAGAGCCGCCCCUUCCACUGCAAUCUCUGCGGCAAGGGCUUUGCCACCGAGUCUAGUCUCCGAACGCACACUUCCAAGGAACUUCAACUCCACCUGGGAGUGCUGCAGCAACAUGCCGCCCUGAUCAGUAACUCCAACAGCGUCACGUGCAAUGUGUGCAGUAAGAUAUUCCUCGGCGUCGAUGCCCUCAAUGAACACAUCAAAUACUCGCACAAAGAAGUGGCUGACUACAGCACUAAAUGUCUUGAGGAACUGAAACAUAGAAUUUCUUACACCACAGUGAAGCGAAGAGUAGCGAACCAUCCGUGCCCGAUGUGCGGCAAGCACUACGUCAACGAGGGCUGCCUGCGGAAGCACCUGCUGACGCACCCGAGGACGCCGGCCUCCGCCGGGGCUCCCUUCCGGUCGAACCUGCAGAUGUGGCCCUGCUCGGUAUGUCAGGCCGUGUUCACCCACGAGACAGGUCUCAUCACCCACAUCGAGCACAUGAAGAUGGAUCCGAAGCACCAGUUCGCGGCACAGUACAUGUUCAGCAAGGCAGUGGCAGAGCAGCGGGAGAAAGAAUCAAACAGCCUCGGUGGAAUGGGCAGCAGCGGUGUUUCCGGGCCAUCGAACUCCAUGAUCUCGGUCAAGGAACUGACUCACCAGAAUAGCAUUUCGCCGCUGAACUACUCGGAGAACUCGUCCACCAUGGGAUCGGAGAAGAACGGCGAGGGAGGCGGCGGCAGUGGUGGCGGAGGUGGAGGUGUUGGUCCUUUCGACAAUCAUCGAUUGGCAGCGGCGGCUGUCGCUGCAUCGGGAGGUCACGGAAAUCCGUUCGGGGUCGUUCCCGGUGACAACAACAACAGCCAGUUCUCGAGGAUGAUGAUGCUGCAGGAGCCAAAGUUCGAUCCGGAUUUGAUGUUACCAACGGAUGGAACGUCGUCGGCGGUGCAAGCCGCCGUUGUUAAUUUGGCAACCGCAAUGCGGAUAGGGCAGACAUUCAAAAACAAUUCGAUGCACGGAGACCAUUUAGGUCAAUCGAAUCUUGGUCCGCUGAAGAAGAAGAGUAAUUUUAUCAAUUUUAAUGAAAUGAAAUACCCAUUGUCCAAUCGGCAAAACUACCCUCCAACGGCGGAUUCGCCGCUCGGUGGGGCAGGUUUGGGAGGCGGCCAAGGUGCGUGUGGUCCUUCGUCGGAAACGGCAAUCCGGAUUCAGCAAGCGGAAGCCAUUUUGCGAUCUCAAGCCGAGGCAGCCCUCAGGUUGGCAGUUUCCCAGGCGCAGGCCGUAGUGUCGUCUAAUGCCGGUGCCGGCGGUCACGGAAUAGGGGGUGGAGGAGGAGGCGGUCAUCUGGGUCCACUGGGGAACCCUCUGAUGGGCAGGUGCAAUGACGAGAGUAGAUCCAAUGAAAACUGUCCCCCGUUCGGGGACCCCAACGGGGAACAUCUGAGGGCGGUCAUGAGGGAGCACCACGCCCACCAACAUCAGCAGCAACAGAAUAACGACGAGUGCCAUCAAUUCUCGCAGAGUCCGGUGCCGAGGAACGGCCUAGACCUUACCGACGAGUUCCUAAAAAGUGAAAACGUACUGAAAGGAUGAGAGUAAAUAGAUGUAAAUUUUGAUGCCAUAUUAUAUUUAAUUUAAAUCAAUGCAAAAACAAAACAAAAAAAAAUCACCAGACGAGAGACGGUUCUGAAUAGCGAAUAUAAAUGGGAUGGUUAGAAGUAAAACUCGAAGGGACGGAGGAAGAUAAUGCAAUUGGGGCAAACGGCAAACAAAGAUAAAUCAAACCACAGCACAUUGAUUAUUUGAUUACGAUAAUCUGGGACUUGAAUGUGUGAAUCAAUAACUAAAUGAUAAAUAAAAACCAGAACAACUGAUGCAUUAUGCCAUAUUACGAA